AUGACAGUUUCUUUAACGGACGAUAAGGCAAAAUCUAUACAAGACACUUGUAACAAAAUCAUUGCAUCGCAAAGUCUAACAAUUAGGCAAUUAGCGCAACUGAUAGGAAAACUCGUGGCAAGUGAGCAAGGAGUCCAAUUCGCACCUCUGUAUUACAAGUCAUUAGAAAUAGAGAAAGAUAGACUUCUAAAACAAAACGUUGGAAACUAUGAAGCUCGUAUUUCACUCUCGCCAGAUGCCCUAAUUAACCUACAAUGGUGGAUUAAUAAUGUGAAUAAUUAUCCUCGAAAAAUAAUUCAUGAUAACCCCCUCGUUACGAUAAAAACUGACAGCUCGGGGAAUGGCUGGGGCGCUAUCAAUGAAAACAGCGGGGAGUGCAUUCAGGGAUUAUGGGAUGACCACGAUAAGGAAGCUCAUAUAAAUUUCCUGGAACUGAAAGCAGCUUAUCUCGCUUUGACACGCAUGUGCAAACACUUGAAAGACUGUCAUGUAAAACUGUAUUUAGAUAACACUGUCGCUGUUACAUAUAUUAAUAAAAUGGGAGGAAAAAUUGAAACCCUAAAUGAAUUAACAAAACAAUUUUGGGAAUUUUGUAUAAAAAGAAAUAUUUGGGUAACGGCAUGUCAUAUAGCAGGUGUAGAAAAUGUAGAAGCUGAUUACCUUUCACGAAACUUUAAUCCUGAUAUGGAAUGGAUGCUUGAUCCAGAGAUUUUUGACGAGAUUACAAGACUAUACGGGAAUUGUGACAUAGAUUUAUUUGCAUCCCGAUACAAUAGACAAAUUUCUCCAUAUGUGUCAUAUGCUCCUGAUAGACAUGCAAUAGCGAUAGAUGCUUUUACAAUUUCAUGGAGUGAAUUAAAAUGUUACAUUUUCUGUCCUUUCUGUAUUCUCAGCAGGGUACUGCAGAAAAUAUUGAUAGAGAAUGUGGAAGCAGUCAUUGUAGCCCCGAUAUGGCCGACGCAACCCUGGUUUCCAAAGUUACUACAGCUGAUAACAGCGAACAGCUAUUUAUUACCGAACAAUCAGCAACUUCUGAGGCUACCGAACAAUCCAGACAAAUUACAUCCGAUACCCAAGAUGAGACUGGGUGUUUUUCGUGUGUCCGGAAAUCGCUCCAGAACCGAGGCUUAUCGCAGGACACUAUCGACGUACUCCUCUCCUCGUGGAGGGAAUCCACAAAGAAACAAUAUUGGACAUAUCACCAAAAAUGGAUGUUAUUUUUAUGAAUCACGUGGUAAGCUUAUCAUCUCAUUUGAUCCCUCUGCACCCCCAAUUGGUCGAAGAAAUUCCAGUCAAACUUCACCUUCCAGAGGGAUAAAGCUCCUCCCAGUUAUAAAGAAAAUAAAAGGAGGGAAACCAGAUGCAUUAAAGGGAUUUGCUAGAGUCUCUAAGGAAAAGAAAACAGAGAGUUUGGAGUUCGAGGAAAUCGAGAUGCAAGUAAACAGUAUCACAGGAAAAAGUAUGACAGAGUUGUUGGAACCGGCAG